GUGUCAUGUAGAGAUUAACAGGAAGCUGUUGCUGUCGUUCUCUGUGAGCGGAAGCCAUCGCAGUAUAUGGUGUCAGUGGCUCUAAUAACAGACAGAACCGUGUUUGAUCUGAGGAGAACGGGAGAGGAGAGGGGGUGAUGGACAGUGAAGGAGAUGCGGGAGAUUGUUUGCUGGAGGAGUUUCCCUCCAGCCCAACGGAGGCCGAACAUGUGGAUUCGGAUGGUUUUUCCGUCCUGGAGCAGCUGGGACUGGACCAGAACUCUGAUUUCUCAGACUCCUGCGUGCAGCAGCGGUUGGAUGAGCAGCGAGAGAGGAUCCGGAGGGAGAUCCGGAAGGAGCUGAAGAUAAAAGCGGGUGCGGAGAACCUGCGACGGGCCACCACUGACAAACGCAAUGCCCAGCAGGUGGAGAGCCAGAUACGCAGCUCCAGCCGCAAACUGGACUCGCUCCACGCUCAGCUGCAAGAGCUGGACGCCCACAUCGUAGUCAAGGGUCACGAUGACGGCAAAGAUGACCUUCAGUCUCUUGGGACGCCAGGUCGCUCUUCAGCCAAUCAGGACAGGAUUAAGGCUCUGGAGCGACAGCUCAACAUCGAACUGAAGGUCAAACAGGGGGCAGAGAACAUGAUCCCCAUCUAUGCCAAUGGGGUUACCAAGGAUAAAAAACUGCUUCAGUCAGCUCAGCAGAUGCUGCAGGACAGUAAGACGAAGAUUGACAUCAUCCGUAUGCAGAUCCGUAAAGCCAUGCAGGCCACCGAACAGACAGACGACAUUCAGGGUAAGCCGGAUCUGUGUGGGGUGGAGCUCCGUAUCGAGGAGCUCUGGCAUCAUUACCGUGUUGAACAUGCCAUGGCCGAGGGCGCCAAAAACAUGCUGAGACUUCUGGGAGCUGGAAAAGCACAGGACAGAUCAAUGCGGCGUCCUCAUGCUGACCGUGUGAUGUGCCUGUCCCGCUCAGGGACACUGCAGGUGCGUCUGCUGGGGUGUGUGGGCUUGUUGGAGGUCGUCCCGGGCCGCAGUCGCGCGUCUCCAGUGGUAUUGCCUCACUUCAGUCCCGGAGACGGCCGACCCUUCAAACUCACUCUGAGCAGCAGAAACAGUAGCUUCAGCCUGAAGAUUCCCAGCAAGAGCGAAGAGCUGUCCUUGGAGAUGAGCGCCGUGUUGAAGCUGGAGAACUGUGUGGUGGGACAGACGUGCUGGAGGAGUGUUGGUGAACAGACGUGGGAUCAGACCUUCACUCUGGAGCUGGAGAGAUCCAGAGAGAUGGAGAUCGCGGUGUACUGGAGGGACUAUCGCUCGCUCUGCGCGCUCAAGUACCUGAAGCUGGAGGACUUUCUGGACAAUCAGAGACACCGAAUACAACUGGAGCUCGAACCGCAGGGACUGCUGCUCGCAGAGGUGAUGUUCUUCAACCCUGUGAUAGAGCGAGGUCCACGUCUACAGCGGCAGAGGAAGGUGUUUUCCAAACAGCAGGGUAAAGCGUUCCUGCGCGCCAAACAGAUGAACGUGGACAUGGCGACAUGGGUUCGUCUGCUGAAGAACGCCAUUCCCAUGAGCUCCUCCACACACAGCUACACACAUCACAGCAACACACACAACAGCAGCAGUGAGAUUUCCAUCCAGAAGAUCCAGCUGGACGACGACUCUCCCCCGUCUGUGACGAGGAAAAACACGCAGACGUCAAACACGGUGGACAUUGCCCCAGUGUCUGAGCCGGUCUCUCUUCCUGAUCCCGCUCCUCCGGAGAGGGCUGUCAGGACCAGUUCCCAUAACUCCCAGCGCAGGCCGUCCAAAAGCUCUCUGUGUCUUCAGGAUUUCCAAAUGAUCGCAGUGUUGGGCCGAGGACAUUUUGGCAAGGUGCUGCUGUCCGAAUACAAACGCUCAGGGAAGGUGUAUGCCAUCAAAGCGUUGAAGAAAGGGGACAUUGUGGCACGAGACGAGGUGGAAAGUUUGAUGUGCGAGAAGCGAAUCUUUGAGACGGUGAACAGCACACGGCAUCCGUUCCUGGUCAACCUGUUUGCGUGUUUUCAGACGCCAGAACAUGUGUGUUUUGUCAUGGAGUACACGGCCGGCGGAGACCUGAUGAUGCACAUACACGCAGACGUCUUCUCUGAAACACGCUCUGUGUUUUAUUCUGCAUGUGUGGUUUUGGGGCUUCAGUUUCUUCAUGAUAAUAAGAUUGUGUAUCGAGAUCUGAAGCUGGAUAACCUGCUGCUGGAUACUGAAGGUUAUGUGAAGAUCGCAGACUUUGGUCUUUGUAAAGAGGGAAUGGGUCAUGGCGACAGAACCAGUACAUUUUGUGGGACUCCAGAGUUUCUUGCUCCUGAGAUUCUAACAGACACGUCCUACACCAGAGCUGUGGACUGGUGGGGUCUUGGUGUGCUUAUUUAUGAGAUGCUGGUUGGAGAGUCACCGUUCCCAGGUGACGAUGAGGAGGAGGUGUUCGACAGCAUAGUAAAUGAUGAAGUACGUUACCCAAGAUUCCUCUCCACCGAGGCCAUUGGUAUCAUGAGACGGCUGCUGAGGCGUAAUCCUGAGAAACGACUGGGCUCCAGUGAGAGAGACGCAGAGGACAUCAAGAAACAACCCUUCUUUAGAAAUAUAGACUGGGAUGCGCUUUUGCAGAGGAGAGUUCCUCCUCCUUUCGUUCCUGCAGUGAAGGGAAAGGAAGAUGUCAGUAACUUUGAUGCUGAGUUUACGAACGAAGCGCCGACCUUGACGCCUCCUCGUGAACGCCGGACCCUAUCGCGGAAAGACCAGGACUACUUCAGGGACUUUGACUAUGUCUCUGACUUCUGCUAGGACACGAGUGUGCAUACUGACGCUGCUAGGUAUGGGAGAUGUGGUUUUUGCAUCCUAGUCCCCAUCAAGGCUGCUUGGUGUGAAGACUGACACUUCCUCAGAGGCUUCCUGCCAAUGGUACAUGGGUUUGUUCAACAUGAAACCAUAAAUAGAGUAAGUGUACUGGGCCCAUAAGAGUGAUUAGACCUUGAGGAAAUGACUCCAUCUGACUGUAGGAGGUACAUCAUACGUGAAGAGAUUCAAGAAUACCGCAUAAUGUGAAGCUCUGAAAGCUGGCGGCCAAGAUGUUUUGUUGCCCUGUUUGCAAUGAGGCAGGAUUUUCAAAUGGUCAGUCAGCCUCAUUCAUGACAUUAUCCUUAGAACCAGAUGCUAAUGAAGUCAUUAAUCUUGUGAAUGGAGUGCUGCAGGGAUGACCAAUUUGUGUAGGCCAGUGCACAUUUUAGCACUUCUGGUUCCAUCAUUGUGAAGUUUUUGGUUAAAUGUCUAAAAUAAGGUCUGGGGUUAACACAAGCUCAACAUAUUUUCACACUUUAUCUUACAACAUAAAGUGCAUCAAUAAUACCCUCUUGUCUUGAAAAGGGCAGUUGUUAACAGGUGUCUAAAUGGGACUACAGAGGUUGUUGGGGAUGUUACCUGUUCAGCGUGAUGUUUAAACUCAUCCACUCACAAGUCGCUUGCACAGCCUCAUUCCAUUUAUAAUUGUGCUCUUGCAAACAAUUCCAAAUGAAACUUUCAGGGGGAAAGUUUUUAAAUAAUGACUGAAAUAGCUACUGUAAACUGUAGUGGUGUAGUUCAUUCAUAGCCUACAUUUAGCUGUUUACUUCUAGUGAUUAUAUUUAGGCUUCAAAAUUCAUAUAAUUUGUUAGAUUAUCAAAAUGAACAAAAUGUGUAAAAAUCAUAAACUUUUGUUGGCCACAGAGCUUAUUUUCUGCAAUUAUCCAAAAGCUAAUGACAAAAAUCAUACUGGGUUUUUGUGGAAGGAACCAGGGUGAUGCCAACUUAUGGGUUGCCGGCCUUCAAAAACACAUCACUGCAGCGCUCUAUGGGAGCUUGUUGACUAGCAGAGUACAGUUUCAUGGUACUGACCCAAGUAAAAUGGCUCACCGAAUUCUCCCUUAUCCUGUCUUUUUGUCUCCAUUUUCUUUUUGACCAAUGUUUCCAUAUAUCACACACAAUCCAGAGACUGUUUACUUCUGUAAUACACUCAUUUAACCAGACGAGGGCGGCAGAGAGUUUGAGAGUAGUGGAAACACUGUUGUGUCAGGUCUUGGUUGUUUUGGGAUCCUUGAGUUUGUAUGCGUUUACUGUGUCAUGAGCAUGUCCCUUAAUGAAAGGCAGCAUCAACCUCUAGAUUUGUAUUUUUUAGAGAUUCUGUUUUUCUUUCUCACUGAAACUUUAACUAUGGAAAUGCUAUGCCUGAAUAUUACUAUAUUAAACAAUUCAAC